UUAUUAAUUUCUUAUUGUUAUGACUACCAACUCAGUACUACAUGGUAUAGACCCUUGAUAUCCUUCGCGGAGGGAGAAGAAAUUAAAAGAUUAGAUGCUAGUGAUGCUUUUUUCAAUGAAAUAUUUCAAGAGGUACUCAAGAGUUCAACAUGCUUUUUUACAGACGCCUCUUGGUCUCCCAACUUCGUGUUUGGCAGUUUUGCUAUAGUAGGAGGUAGUGACAAUGUGGAGCUGGAGUUUCGAACUUCUAAAAUAGCAUCGAUCUUUACAUUGGAAGGAAUGGCGAUCAUGGAGGCUUUGAAGCUAAUCCUCAAAUCUUCUCAGAGGAAAUUUGUGAUAUUCUCCGACUCAAGGAGUGUGUUAGAAGCUCUCGCCUCCAAUAAAUAUUUAGGUAAAAAGUCUUAUAUUAUACUCUGCAUCCGGGACCUAAUUCUAAAGUUGCAGGAGGAAGGAAAAGAGGUCAGGCUGCAUUGGAUACCUGUCCAUGUGGGUAUCAGUGGCAAUGAGUGGGCGGACCAGGUGGCGAAAAGGGCAGCUGUAACAGGGAAAGACUCCAAUCUAGAGUUGCCAGCCAAUGACUUUAAAAAGAGAUGGAAAAUGAAAUUAAAAGAAGAUUUUAACGCUUGGUGUCUUGAGUCUGCAGCUUUAAAAGGUACAAAUUACUUUAAAAAAUUUUAUAAGGAAGAAGCUAGACCAUGGUUUGAAAGUGUUCAGUUGGCCAGAAGGCCUUUAGUUUCAAUAAAUCGACUAAGAAGUGGCCACACGUCUCUUAAGGCUAGUCUAUCUAUACUUAAUAUUGUAUCGUCCUCAAGAUGCCCGUGCGAUAUGGAUGAGGAGACCCCGGAUCAUAUUUUUUGGAUUUGUCCUCGUUUUAUAGCUCAGAGAAAGAAAUUAAGAAAAGCAUUCCAAAAAGUCUCAAAGUCUUAUCUUGAUAACGUCGAAGCCUUACUAAAUAGGAUAGAUAAUGGUAAUAUUUUAAAUGCACU